AUGGAAGCUGCUUACCAACAGUGCGCCAAGACAGCCAGCUACUAUGAGCUACACCAAGGUCUUCAGCCUUUCGUCUACUGGCACGUCACCGAGUCCGUCCAGGAAGGCUACAAUCCAGAGGCCAUCGGUGAACUUCAACCAGAGGUCGAGGUAGAAGCUCUCGUGCUCGAACGCAGGUCUAUCGCUCGUGAUCACGCCCUCGGCUUGUUCGUCUCAUUGCUCUAUUACUAUCUCGCACGCCAGUCAGACCCCGCCGAUGUCGAUGCAGCCAUAAACGCCCUCCUUGCCGACUUCGACAAGCAUCUAGGCGUAGGUUCCUUUGCUGACUUCCAGCUCGACACAGCCGACAUCUAUGAGUACAUCGAAGAGCAAAGACAGAACGCAGGCCUGAUCGCAGACGAUCCCGACUGGCAUCAGCAGGCAAAGACCAGCGCCAGCAUGCAGUGGCCGGUAGUAUUCAAAAAGUCGCUCGAGCUCACUCGCUUGGCCUACGUCGAGGCUUGUCACCGCUUUGAACAUCAUUUUGCCCUUGGCUCACAAGCUGACGCUGCCCUCUUGCAGCUCCUCACCAACCAUGAGCUUGCCCGCCUUGCUUCUCGAGCUAAAGCCCAGCCUCGUCACGUUCCUGCUGCUCCUCCCAGCGCAACUAUCGACACAGCUACCGCAGCUGGCUACUGGGCCAAACGAACCGGACAAAAACCAGAUGAUCUCGCCAAGGUCCUGCCGGAGUUCGAUCCAAAUCAUCUGAUUCACGCCGGUCAGCAGUUCCGCGCAGCCUGUCUCGACCACGUACGAGCUCAGCAGUCUUCCGAGUCUGGAAAGGACAUCAACGCUGUCUUGUCCGAGGCCAUCAAUUCCGAAACAAACCCGCAACGGCUAGUCGAGCGUGCUGGUCAGCUGUGGACGCCUCAGACAGCUACAUCAUCGUGGCACGCUGCUGCCGAUGACAACGAAGCAACUCUCAUAAAAAACGCAAAAGAUCUGCUCAGCUCUGCACUGCGCAUACUCGGCACGCGCGAUAGCGAACGCAACGUCUCCCUGCGAAUCGACGCCUAUAAUCUACGAGGUCACAUCAACCGCCGACUUGCUACACUCAAGCCACACCACCAAGCCAACUACCUCAAUCGUGCUGUUGACGAUUGGUCUGCCAGCGCUGAACUUGAUGCCGAUCAGAACGACAUUAUCGACCUUCUGGCCCAGAUCAAGAACCAGCUCGAGUCUGUCUCCGAUCCCAUUCCAGCGCGCUCUGACGACGAGAGGAAGACCUCUUCAGAAAACAGCAACCCGUCCAAGCAGUCUCUCAGGAAGGACUCUGGCAAGCGGUCUAGUCUCCAGCCGUCAGCGUCUGUCCAGCUAUCUGCAGGCUCCCCCGCAAAGGGCAGCUCGAGCGACAUCAAGCAGAAAAACGUCAAGGAUGCCAGCGUCGGCAGCGGCGGCGAAGGGGGCACCAUCAAGCCACGAGACAAGACCAUCCUCGAAUCGCCCUUCUUCCGUUCGGACCUCGUCACAGGUCUGAUGGUCGACUCGCUCCUCAACCUCGCAUUCCCACACCGUGCACUGCGUGAGACGCUCCGUUUCCCCUCGGCCGCCUCGGUCUCUGCAAUCAGCCAAGACUACGUGCCUUUGCUCGACCAGCUCGCCAAGGCUCACCAUCAGACCACCAAGGGCUUGACGCCUGAGAACAAGGCGCAAUUGCAAACUGCCGUAAAAACGGUCAGCACUGUGCUCGCGCUGCCGGAUUUGCAGAGAGCGACGCGCGACGAUGCGGCGGGCACGUUGAGGAAGACGAGCUUGCAGUUGGUGCUGGGAACGCUAUUUUUGCUGCUCAACGACUUGGUCAAGGCCCAGACGGAGCUCGAGCUCGUGUCGAAUGCGUUGAAGCCCAACAACACGCGAGGUGUUGGCCGAGGUGCAGCUCUCAACACCUCGGCAGCACGAGCAGCAGCCACCGAGGCAGAUUCUGCAACAGAAGCGCGAGCAGCUGAGCAGACGACAUUGCACAUGCAGGCACGCGUGCAGGGCCAAACCCUCCUGCUACUAGCUAAAUCGUGCUGGAUGGCCAACAAAGUUCAAGAGGCGACCAAGUUUUUCAGGUGGUUUGUCAAAUGGUAUUCCGAGCAGCAGGCGCAACGUGUUACUGAUCGCCGUCGAGGUGGCGAGGGUGCGGACAGAACAGACGCGGCGGAGGUCGAGUUGGAUCAGAUAGACAUGGGAUGGUGGGAUCGAGUCGUGGUCGUGACCAAAGCGUGA